UCCCCAAAUACGUACAUGCACUGCUGCCUGAACUGAAUUUCUCAAGUGCAAUUGGGAGCUGUGAAAAGGUGUGUGUAUCAUGGGCAUCUUGCUGAUGAUAUAUUUAUCACUUUCUCUGUUGGUACUCGGGUCACUAGGAAAGUUAACCAGCCACAACCCUGAAGGGAAUAGGGAAAAUUCAUCAGUUGCCAUGCUCGAUGGUUGCUCGAAGAGCUGUGGCGAUCUGAGUUUCAACUACCCUUUUGGCAUUGGAUCAAGGUGCUCUCGGGAUCCAGACUUCAACCUCAUUUGCAACGACACCUCUCAGCCCCCAAGACUGUUCCUGCACGACGGCAUCACCCAGGUGAUCGGCUUUAAUAAUCCAUUCUCGUAUUUAAACGUCAUCCAGGCCUCCUUCUCGCAUACCAUUCCCAUGAAGUCUGGCGUCAGUGUUUACAACUUGUCUUUGGAACCGCCUGGGCGGUCCUUCUCUCUUGUGUCAACUGUUCUAAACAUUACCGGCUGUGAUCUGGAGAUAUACUCUGUCAGAGACGAUGCCACCACGUUGAUAUGCAGCACUGUGUGUUUGGAUCAUGGAAUCCCAGAGAUGGGGGCUAUGCACAACUGUAAAAAUACCUCCGGAUGCUGCCGUGUUGAUGUGGACAGUAACGGGAGUUUUCAGCUCAAAUUAGUUUACAACCACAGCAAAAGCAACAUUGAUGCACGCUCUAACCAGAGCUCUCAUCUGUGGGAUAGAAUCAACAUCACUAGUGAUGGGCCGAGUGGCUUUCUGCUAUUGUGGCAGAUGGUUGACCAAUCCAGCUGUGUUGCAGCCAAGCAAAACAGGAGAGACUAUGCCUGCAUCGGUGAGCAUGCCGCGUGCAUUGACGGAAGCCAUGGCUACAGCUGCAUGUGCAGGACUGACUAUACAGGCAACCCCUACAUUCCAGAUGGUUGCUCCAAGCCCAACGACAGAGGGUAUAAUCCAAUUUCGAAUAAGGCUAAUUGCACCCGUUGGUGUGGUAACACUAGUGUGCCAUUCCCAUUCGGCUUAAAAGAGGGUUGCUCUGCAAGCGAACAGUUCCACCUCAAGUGCACAAAUAUGACGUCAUCACCUACUCUCAUGUUGGGGAAUGCCCAGGUCUUCGAUAUAUAUAUUGAAGAAGGGACCAUUAGCGUCACCAAUUCCAACCAACAAGGGAGAUCUGUCAUUUCUGGAAAUUUUCUGUUUCCUAUUCCUUCUGGGCCAAUCUCCUCUGUGCAAUGGGUUAUUUCUAAUCUAAAUUGUGCAGACGCCCAACGGAAUAGAUGUGAAUAUGCUUGUCUAAGUAUCAACAGUGAGUGUGUAGACGUAAGUGUUGGUAAAGUCUAUGCUGGUUACCGCUGCAAAUGCAAUGUUGGCUUCGAAGGAAAUCCAUAUAUCCUAGAUGGUUGCGCAGAUUUCGAUGAAUGCGGCAGUGAACGGGGUGGUUGUAAAGAGAUAUGCUAUAACGUUGUAGGAAGUUUCUAUUGUAGUGAAUGUCCUCACCAUACUGAGUACGAUCCAUUGAAGAUGCAGUGUAUAAAGACAAAACAACAACCUUUGCUCUUAGGUAUAACUAUUGGGCUGUCCUGUGGCUUCGGCAUUCUACUUCUGAGCUUCAGUGCAGUACUUAUCACUCGUAGGUGGAGAAGAAAUGUUCAAAAGAAUCUACGGAAGAACUAUUUCCGGAAGAACCAAGGUCUUCUCCUAGAAACACUAAUAUCAUCGGAUGAAAGUGCAAAUGAGAAUACAAAGAUUUUCUCGUUAGAAGCGCUGGAGAAGGCAACAAAUAAAUUUGAUUCUACACGUAUCAUCGGCCAUGGGGGUCAUGGCAUGGUUUACAAAGGCAUAUUGUCUGAUCAGCGUGUUGUUGCAAUAAAAAAGUCUAAGAUAAUUGAGCAGUGUGAGAUCAGUCAAUUCAUUAAUGAGGUCGCAGUCCUCUCACAGAUAAAUCACAGAAAUAUUGUGAAGCUCUUUGGAUGUUGCCUUGAAACCGAGGUUCCACUACUGGUGUAUGAUUAUGUAUCCAACGGCUCACUGUCUGGAGUUCUUCAUGCAGAUGCAAGUGAUGGUUUUUCUUUAUCCUGGGGCGAUUGCUUAAGGAUUGCAAUCGAAACAGCAGGAGCUCUAUCUUAUCUCCACUCUUCAGCUUCGAUAUCAAUCUUCCAUCGUGAUGUGAAGUCCUCAAAUAUACUCUUAGAUGUGAACUACACAGCCAAAGUUUCAGAUUUUGGCGCGUCCAGAUUGGUUCCGAUUGAUCAGACACACAUUGUCACGAAUGUGCAAGGUACAUUUGGGUACUUAGAUCCAGAGUAUUUCCAUACUAGGCAGCUGAACGGGAAGAGCGACGUCUACAGUUUUGGUGUGGUACUAGUGGAGUUGUUUCUCAGAAAGAAGCCUGUUUUUACAAGUGAAUCAGGCACCAUCAAGGGCUUGUCAAGCUAUUUUCUCCAGGAGUUCAGUGAGGGGAGAAUCAUGGGUAUUGUUAGUUCCCAGGUCCUAGAGGAGGCAACUGAGGAAGAGAUCAACGGUGUCGCCUCUCUUGCAGAGCGGUGCUUAAGUCUGCGUGGUGAAGAAAGACCCACCAUGAAACAAGUGGAGGCGGAACUGCAGACUCUACGGACAAAACGGAUGAACUCAUCUCAGCCUGAUCCGAGAAAUGGAGAACAGAUGCAAGCAAGGCCGUUGACUCGAAGGAGUAGAUCUUCUCGGCAAUUGUCCACACAGCCAAGAGGUAGCCAACGACGCUAUAGCUUGGAAGCAGAGUUCUUGUCAUCUGCUAGCCUACCACGUUAGAUGAGGCUAUUGAGCUUAUAAUAAUGGAUAAUUUGCUUCCCUCUUUUAUGAACUGUUGCUAGAACCUGUAUUACAGGUUAGUUAGGUUGGGACUGUAAUAAGUCAUGAUUUCAGUCAUCAUGAUUGUAUCAGUUUCUCGGUUGGAAUUAUGCUUGCUGAUAUAUGUAGACUGAAUUUUGUUACCCUAGAAGAGAUG